AUGAGCGUUCUCGAGAGGCCCCUUUCCCAUAACUCACCAGUUUUUGUUCCAUCUCCAGAGUGCACUGCUCGGGCCUACACUCUGCCCGCGAACACCACUGGCGUACGACAGCUAGUUAUUCGAAAACAAAAUGGACGCGUUGUCGCGGCGAAAAGCCAGCUCAUAGACCGCAUGGAGGAUGCCUUAGUGCGCUGGCGGCCGCCUGCGUCCUGCCACGCGGGCUCCACCGCCGCGCUUAAGGGGAAACACCCGUACCAGCAGGAAUUGGACACUGACGUGGAUCUCACAAGCGUGCCGCUGCAUGCGUCGCUCGAUUCGAUCCGCCACUAUUUCGACAACCUGGGACACACAAUAUCGCGCCCGUGCUCGCAACGGCCGCCGAAGACAGAGCAGCUCGCCGGGUCGACGCAGUCGCCAGCAUCUUCGCCUGCGUCUUCCGCAAGCGGGAUGGCCGUGCAGAUCCGGCAGAGCGUGCAGAGCGCAGGCACACGCGGCACCACCCCUCGAGCUAUGGCCUACGAUGCGGACCCAGACAACAUUGAAGCCAGGCCGGCGUCUUACAGUUUCCCAAUUCCAGCCUACUACCUUCCGCACACAGACGCGUGCCCGGUGGGCGAAUCUACGAGGGAGAACAACGAGGAGGCGCAUGGGUGCUGGGCUCAAUGGACUACAUUUUGGGACGAGCUCUGCGAUGACCUGGCGGCGCUGUGCAGCUGUAAUUGA